AUUCAGUUAAAACCAAUCACUAAUUAACACUAGUUGUCCUUUUCCAUACCAGUCCAGCCAAGUGUAACUGAAAAUAAUACCAUUCCAAUGAUUAUAAGGUAUCUUGCAUAUUACAUUUUUUUUUUUUUUUUGUCACUAACAUUUUAGGCAUAUGCAUUCAACUAAAAGCAAUGUUUUAGGCACCGGUAAGUGUAGCACAACAGUAAAUGAUAAUCACAAAUUUGAUAUACAAAUCCCAGGGUUACCCGAUCAUAAUAGCUUCUAAACAACAUAAUCCCAGUUGAAGAGUCCUGUGUGGUAUAUGCAAGAUACACGAGUGGUAUAGCAGACACCAUAGCAUCGUUUUUUAUUCGAUAAUUUAUUUAUUUCUCGGUGCAGAAAUCAGUUGGACUUCUGUUCAAAAAACAGUAUGGUGAAUUUGUUACAGGAACCGAUGUUUAACGACCCUGCAAUGGUUAAUUCUUUGGGUAAUUUCGAAUAGAAGUAAAUAAACGUGCCGUUGUGGAGCUUUAUUUUUUAUUUAUUUUUUUGUUUUGUAAUUAAAAUCAAGCUUCAACAAUGUGUUUUUCCCCAGCUUCGGCUUUUAACAACUACUUCACAACGCUAUGGCAAAGCACAGACUGCGAAUGCAAGGCAGCUCCCGCGACGAGCUAACGAGUGACGUAUCGACUACGUCUCCGCCCCCGUGCUUUUCAGCGCUGCGUCACCAUUACUGUUUGUAGACGCGCACGUCACCACAUCUUUUUCAGCCUCUUGCCCACCAUUGAAAGUUAAAACCAUUUCUUCUCCUUCUCCAAAUUAAAAGUGUCAUCGGCGCAGCUCACAGCAGCUCCUGCCAUGGCGUCUUCUGAAGUCAGUGUGCACGUAGAGGAGGUGGUUGUCGUGACAACGCCUGACACUGCAGCUGAUGGCAGUGCCCUGGAGGAAGUAAAGACAGUGCUGGUAACAACUGAUUUAUCACAGCAGAGAAUGAAGACAGGAACUUGUUUCUUUGUAUGCGAAGGUUUAACCGAAGAGAGCAUGGAGGCUGAGACUGAAACCACAACAUUCACAGAAUCCACUCUUUUAGAGAAAGAAGCAAUAAUAGCAGUAAAACUGUCAGAAGAAGUGGAGAAUCUGGAGCCUGAAGUUAUUUACCCCAUAACCUGCGGAGACAGCAGAGCAAACCUGAUCUGGAAGAAGUUUGUUUGUCCAGGGAUUAACAUUAAGUGUGUCCAGUAUAAUGAGCAUGUGAUCAGCCCUAAAGAAUUUGUGCACUUAGCUGGGAAGUCCACACUGAAGGAUUGGAAGAGAGCAAUUCGCCUGAACGGUAUCAUGCUAAGGAAAAUCAUGGAUUCUGGAGAGCUGGAUUUCUACCAGCAUGCAAAGGUGUGCUCCAAUACCUGCCGCAGCACUAAAAUUGACCUUGUGGGAACCAGGGCCUCUUUUAGCAGCCAGCAGUCAACAGAGUUCAUUCCCAUUACCCCUGCAUCAGCAGAUAGUAACUGCCUUUCAAACUUUCAAGCCCUCCUGAAUGGUUCACCUGCUACUUUUACAGUGGAACCAUCAGACGACAGUGCUGAAUGGAUAACUACAAUUGGAGAGGACACUGUAACUUUCUGGCGUGGGCUGAAGGAUGCGGGGCUGUUGGAUGAAGUAAUCGAGGAGUUUCAGAAAGAGGUGAAGGAGAACCUGAAAGGGUUACAAGAGAGGAUUCAACAGCCUCCCUUACAGAUUACUGAUGCUGCAUUGUUAAAUAAUAUUGUGCAAAACUUUGGAAUGUUGGACUUGGUAAAGAAGGUAUUAACAAGUCACAAGAGUCAGAUGGAUCGUUACAGAGAACAGUAUACUCGUAGCUUAGUAGCUUUGGAACAGCAGUGUGAUGAGCACCGCAAAAGAGCCAAAGAACUGAAAAGCAAAUCUCAGCACCUGAACAAUGUUCUGAUGACUCUGACUCCAGUCUCUACCACUCCCACUCCCAAACGACCGCGGCUAACACGAGCCACGUCAGGACCUGCCUCUGUGGCUGCACAUGUUUCAGCACAUCCUACUCAGAUUACACUGACCUCUGCUUUGCCAGUGACUCAACUGACAAACCUGCCUUUGGGGAAAGUAGUGUCUGCAGUCAGUAACGCCCCCCAACAGACUGCGACAUUCACUACCACAAACUCUCCUCUUCUGGGAGGCUAUACAGUGCUGGCUUCACCGGGCACAGCCGUUCAGAACGCAGUAGAGAUCCAGCCAGACGCAUCGAACUUGACUGUCCUGAGCACUGCAGCCAUCCAGGAUGGCAGCACUCUUGUGAAAGUGAUGAGCCCUUUCCAGUUACUCACAUUGCCAGCUUUGGGAGCGACCCUGCAAAACAUGACAGCCGCCAGAGGUACUUUAAUGGCUGUGCCAACAAGCACCAUUGAAACUUCGGUCACCCAGGCAGAAGAGUCUGCUGUGACUGAAGUGAAGGACGCACAAGGAGAAAAGCAAUAGGACUGAAAUAAAAGGGGAUUGUUUCCAUUUUUUGAAAACUUUGAAUGUUCUGAAUUUUGCUUGGAUUGGUGAAUUGAUUUUUAGUAAGAAGUCUGAAGCGUCUAUGACAUGUUACAUAUUUUGAGGCUGAAAAUAUAACCGUGUGGAGUCCUAAUUGUAUUGAUGCAUAGCAAAUUGUCUUUUUUUUUGUUAUAAUGAAAUGCAAAAUCUUUAAAGGUUGACCUUUUCAAGGUUGUGUGUAUAUUGCUACCUUUAGAAACUAUUACCAAACUAUCAAUAAGUAAUUUGAUCUAUCAGAAGUCAUUUUUUUUAUCUAUCAGUUUGACUGUAGAUCAAUUCUAAGUACCCUGGCAAAUUGCAACAUUUCAAAUGGAACUGUUCUCAUUACUUACUACAUUUACUGACAAAGGUAUUCUGAAAUCUACCAAAUUAAUGCACUCUAUAUUUUUUUGCUAAAACCAGAAAACAAGGCUAAGCUAGAAUAAAUUUCAAUACAGGAAUAUGCUUUUGAGGUAAUCAUAAAUGUAUUUCACAUUCAACAACUGUGUGAGUUUAUUAUUUCAUUAUGGUACAACAAACUUCUUAGUCUUUCAGACUUGUAUUUGGCAGUCCUAAAUAGUUGUAUGUACAGUGGUCAUUAUUCCAUUUUUUUUUUUUUUUUUUUUAAACCUUGAAAUACAUUUUUUAUAUUUUAUUUUAGUCACAGCUUUAAUACUCUAACUUAAACUUUUAAAAAGCCAAAUCAAACGCCUAUGCACAGGAAUUAUUUUCAAAUGCAGAAACAAGCUAUAAACUCCAACCCCAGACUGAAUUGCAAAAAUGUGUCACAAAAGUGGUGACAACUGUUUGUCCUUUUUUUUUUCCAAUUACUGAUUGAACUGAUCAUCAAAGCUUUGUAAAAUGGCACUUUGCUCAGUGCAUUGUUGUAUUUUUCACCCCACAUCGCUAUUUUCACUAAAGAAAUUUUGCAAUCUUAAUUUUUUAAAUGAUAUUUUUACACAGAUCAGCCCUUUUCAGCGAUUAACUAUAUUUAAUUUCACUUCAAUAGUCUAGUAAUUAAAACACACAAUAGCUAUCAAAAUUGAUAUGUAAAAAAUAUACUAGUACAUGUUAAAAGCUUGUUAUUUUUUGUCCAUAACUGUUCAGUAAGUACAGCUCACUUUACUUUUCAGCUGUGUAACAUAGCAAAACUAUUAUUCAAAAUACAGUGUUUGCAUUUGGUUUACAAACAACGUGUACAUGUUACAGCUUAUGAAGAAAAAAAAAAAGAUAGUGCUUCUACAGGAAUUCUGUUGUCAAAAUGUUAGGAAUGCCUUAAUAAAAAAUGUUUUACAAAAUGAUACUAAAAAUGACAAACAUUCUUUAUUUAAUAUAGACUUUUGGUUUACAGUUUAACAGAUAGUGAACAACUUUGUGUUUUGGAAGUGUGGAAAAAUAUUGUUUUGCUUUACAAUGAACUUCACAAAAAAAGUUUGCAGAUGAUAUUCAAAUGCACCUGUUUUACCUGUUUUAAAUUGUUAUGUUUAAUCAUUAAAUAUCUACAGUAUA